AUGGAGGCUGGAAUGAACGGGCACCACAUCAUGGCGGAGGAUAAUAUCAUCAACCGUCGAGGCGGAGAGUCGCUCUUCCAGAACUGUAGCAAUCUGAAGAAGCGGCUCGCCGAAGUACCCGGAUUCGAGCCACAUCUGGCCGAGAUGCAGGAGCUGGAUAAGGCCAGCGAAGAAAACGACCCGGUUGCGUCUGUCUGGAAGUGCCUGCGGAAUGGAUAUCCUCUAAUGACCAUCUUUAAUGCCACCCAUCCCUCUGAACCCAUCUCGAUCGACGAAUCCAAGUUGCAGGAGAGAAAUCGACCGAAGGCUGCGACCUUCAAGUUUCUCCAGGCAUGUUUGCAGGAACUGAAAUUUCCACAGCAGGAAUGCUUCCUCAUAACAGAUCUCUACGGCGACAGCACAACAGGUUUUGUGAAGGUCAUCAAAAUGGUCAACCGAGUAAUAGAUAUACUCGAACUCCAAGGCCAACUCUACAAAGUCUCUCCGUCCGCGGCUGUGCCGGUUGAAGGGGGGAAGGCCAAGCUUACCCUGAGAGAGCAUAUCUUGAAAGAGAUGCUCGAAACCGAGCGAGACUACGUCCACCAUCUUCAGAACUUACAGGCACUGAAGAAAGAACUCGAAGAAACCGGUGCUUUGACUGGCGACACGAGCCAUCAAAUAUUCCUCAAUUUGAACAAUUUACUCGACUUCACCCAGCGGUUCCUCAUUCGAAUGGAGCAACAUAACGCCCUUCCGGAAGAAACUCAAAACUGGGGUGAACUCUACCUGAACCACCAGAAGGGGUUCCUUCAAUAUGAGCCGUUUAUAGCAAAUCAGCUGCGCUGCGAUAAAAUUUGUCAGAAGGAAUGGGAUAAAAUUCACAGCGCUCCUCGGUCCCCUGAUCUUCAACAAAUGGUCGCUCAGCUAUCGACGCUGAACGGUUUCUUUGUCAAGCCUUUCCAGCGCCUUACAAAGUAUCCUCUCAUGCUCAUGGAGCUUCGAAAACAGACAGAUGACCCCGGUCUCGUUGCUGACAUCGGUGAGGCUAUUAACAUGAUCCAAUUAAUCUUAGACAACGCAAAUCACGCGAUCGAUAAAGAGCACCUGGCUGCUGCGGUCGAGGACCUUUCGCAGCGAGUAGAUGACUGGAAGGCUCUUAAAAUUGAGAUAUUCGGCGAUUUAUUGCGGUACGGGACGUUUACUAUUUUGAAAGGAGAUAGCAGCAAGGAUGCAGAAAGAGAGGUUCGUAUAAUUCUCUCCGACACCAAUGCACAAUCCACCUUACUUGGAAAUCGCCGGAGUUCCUUUACCGGUUCAGUCAUCCAUCUACUCUCAGGAAAUAGUCCACGGAACUGGAGCUGGAAACAACCCAAGGACCUUAAAUCCAUUCCUCCCUUUUCUCCAUCCACACCCACACACCACCCACUGGAGCUCUUGACCCCUGAUCACAAUACCAGCACAAAAACCCUUGAAUUUAAUACCCCUUCACCUGGAUCCGGAUGCGUUUCAUUUGAGAACUCCAACACGUCACCAUCCAAGUCAAGGCGAUCCAUCUCAUCUAUCUUCUCCCUUUCGAAAAACAAUAAACUAGCAUCCCCCGCCACCCCUUCCAUCCCCCAACAUCACCAAAAAACCUUUGUUCAAAACAAUAAUGAGGCCGACUCUGAAGACAUCGAGCGUUGA